GCCACCGAAAAUCCAAUCUGGACUUAUGGGGAGCUUACGACGACAGGAGCAGUGGAGGAGAUGGAGAUGUACAAUUCCGCCUCAAACAACAUGGCUGGAUUAUUCGCCUUGUCUCCCACGGCGGAGCUGGGAGAACCACUACUUCCAAGUAUUUUUGCACCCAAUAACAUAGACAAGAACGACGUCUCGGACGUGCUGCUCCUCGCCUCCUCCUUCAAGAAGUCCCUCAAUCAUUCCGGCGGCGGAGGGAUGUCGCCCAUGCCGUAUCACAGCUCAGCCUACGCACAGUCUCAACAGCAUCUCUUGUCCCCAAAUGGAUACUCGCCCAACUACGGGUUGGACCAGUCUUUCGUGCCAAAUGCGACGGUAGUGGCUCCACCCAACUUUGGGCCUCCUUUCCCAUCCAUGAGUGUCAACGUGUCGAUGAACAUGACGAUGGGUUACCUACCACCACCUGAGACAGGGCUUCAACAUCAAUUAAAUUGGCCUGGUGGAGGUCCCGUCAGUUCGUCACAUUCCUCACAAUCCACCCCCAGCAACUACGUCUCCAGCACGUACAGCACUUCGCCAGGGAGUCAUCACCAUCAUCACCAUCACCACCCAAACUUUUGUCACCAACCGUACUCGGCCACGUACAGUUUUGCAGCCGACUUUCGACCCGACCACCCCAGUAUUGAGUCACUGAGAUCGGGGUGGAUUCCGAAUUCGUCGUCCUUAUUAACCACAGCCGCGCUGUCCUCUUCCGGCUCCAGGUCGUUGGGGUCGUCAACAUCGAAACGUCAAAAGAAGAACAACGAUUCAGUGCACAAUCAUCCCGUGAAUUCCUGUUCAACGUCUCCAAUCUACUCGGCAGCCACUGCUUCAGCCACCAUUGCAACUUAUCAGGGAGGAUUGUCCGAGACUUUGAGCCCCGCUCUGAGCAGCUUCAGCUCCAAGACGAACCUUUGUCGAAUCUGCGGAAAAACGUACGCUCGACCCUCCACGCUCAAAACUCAUCUGCGAACCCACUCUGGAGAAAAACCUUACCGUUGCAUCGAGUGUCACAAGUCGUUCAGCCAAGCGGCCAAUUUGACGGCGCACAUACGGACGCAUUCUGGUGAGAAGCCGUUCCGCUGUCCAAUUUGUGACCGCCGUUUUUCACAAAGCUCUUCAGUCACGACGCACAUGAGGACGCACUCGGGCGAGCGGCCUUACCGGUGUCGCCUGUGCAAAAAGGCUUUCUCCGACUCGUCCACUCUCACGAAGCAUUUGCGAAUCCACUCGGGAGAAAAGCCGUACCAGUGCAAACUCUGUCUUUUGAGGUUUUCCCAAUCUGGGAAUCUCAAUCGUCACAUGAGAGUCCAUUCGGUCAACCCGUAACUUAUUUACUUAAUUAUUAUUAUCAACGACGAGGAAAAAUAUCUAUCAUACAUUUCAGAGUCGUGAUUUUCAUCCAUAAAAAAUAGGCUGGUAACACUUUUACCCGAUUCCUUAGUGAAUACAAAUACUUGAGAUAUUACAACUUAUGGACCACAUAAGUUUAUGCAUGGGAUAAGUUUCUUCUUGUGGAGAGGCUCACUCACGUAAAAGUUGUCAAUGGCGUCACCACUUUUUCUAGUCAUUUUGUUUACCAUUCCACAGGUACACAUGUCGAGAGAGCAUGCACCUGAUUAAUUCGGUCGUGGAAAUUUAUUUAGUAAUUUGAAUUUCAAAUGAGCUGAAUGCAUGAAUAAUAUGACAUUUGAUAUGAUUACAUUUACCUUCAUGGUUUCAAAACAAAGGUUUUUUUUGAGGCACUUGUUUACCUUUACGGGAGCCAAGAUGUGUAUUUACAUCGUUAGUUGGGUGCUUCUCACUUGCUUUCUUACGUCAUUUUUUUUGUUCCUAUGUAUUUAAUUAGGUUAUAUUAAUCGCUAUGCUAUGACAUGUUGCCAAUUUUUCAAGUAAAUAUUUAGAUAAUGUCAAUUAGUACAGCUUACCAGUCAAGAUAAUUACCCGUUGUUUAAAAAAUAUCUAGUUUUUAAUGAGCAAGAUGGAAAAUGUAGGAGGAGAGGAAUUGUUUGUAUGUUAAAAUUAAUAAAAGGAGUCGAGUUUUGUAUGUGUCUGGGAAUGGGA